AUGGAUCUUCAGGAAUCUUUGGUAGAUGAUUCUUAUCUAGAACCUGAUGAGUAUGCGCGGUUGAACGGGUUAUCGAUCGACUCCCAGGCCCAAGUUUCUCUUUUACUUGACCAUUUCCAAAGGCAAAGCAAUCAUCUACUGGAUAAUAAAUCAGCCGAUGAUAACUCUCUUACUCAACUGCAUAUCCCGCGUCUUAUUUCUCAAGUCGAACAGCUUGAUGGUGUAUCCAGAGAAUCACUGGAACUAUUAAGUCAUGCUGCAUCGCUGGGACGCGAGAAUAGUCAUGCAUUUGAUUGUCCUAUCCCUGUGGACUUUUCGAAGUUGAAAUUGGAAUCUCCAUUGCUCCGAAGCGACCCUGAAUACGACUGCCGAGAACUUGUUAGGUCUAUGCAGCAGCUGCGACAAGCCAAGGUAGACCUAACAAGUGUGCCACUGGAGCCUCUUCGCAAAUCAAAUGAUGAGAGCUUAGAUUUUCCAGAGACAUCGUACCAAUAUAAGCAGAUACUUACCAAGGAAAUUCGUGAGGAAAAGAUAGAUAUCCCAAAAGAGGCUCUUAUCUAUCUUUCCCGCAUGCUGAAAGAUGUCUGGACAUCAGAAAACCAUGCAGAGUUAUUAAACAAAAUUUCUCAUCGAAGAGUUCUUCGAGAUCUAGCCCUUACACCUCCUCUUAGUCCGUAUCCACAGCACGAAGGUUAUUUCAUCCCCGAAGACGUAGCAUGCCAAGUUCCGUUGUCUUCAGAUACCAGCACGCUGCUUGAUGAUGAUUUGACCAAGGCCGAAGCGGAUCUACUACAAGAGGAUGACUAUCAUGCCGAUAUUCCCUCGCUCGUAGACCUCGAACCCCUAACUAUACCCCCAUCAGACGACUUCAAACUGCCAGACACGACGCGGCUAAAAAUUGACUCACUAAAAGUUGAAGGUCCCUUGACCCCAUUAAACUCAUUGCCCCCAUCAUCUGAAUUAGCUGUAGACAUGGCAGACCUCGCUAGGUGCGUGGAUAUCGAUCACGUACUCGACAAGCAACGAUCGGGUAUACCGGAUGCUAAGGGCGUAAAGGAUCCAAACGGUAUGUUCAGCGACGAUAUUAUGACUGCUCUUGUAGAAAAGGUUAAAUCUAUUAAGAGAAGUAUCGAGCAGGAAAAAUUACAGGUCGCGGAUGCGAUCGCUAGAAUAGAAAUUCCUACGAUGGAUUUCUCGAUUACUGACCCCGACUGGAAAGAAAUCUCGCUAGAUUCUGGGUUGCAACUGGAGUGGAUAGAAACGACAUGCGAAGCUUUUAACGCACCCUCAUGGCCGAAGGACCCUCAAGCAGAACGAGAGCUUCGUUGGUCCCCCUUUCCGUCUAAGAUGGGCCAUAUAUCUAUGAAUGAGAUAAUCAUAGAUGAUGGUAUUGCAGAAGUCUUGCUCAAUUUCUCGGGUCCUCUCGAAGUGCCAACAAGUGGGGACUAUGUCUGGAAACACCCAGGUCUGGCUAUCCUUCGGGAAUUGGAUGAUGAUGAUGAAGAGGAGCAGGAAUUACCUUACGUUUCAGGCGAGGAAAAGAACAUUGAGUCAUUGGUGAGAAAGAGGCGACUAGAACUCAACAACUCGUUAGAUUCAGCUUCGCCAGUCGAAGUAGUUCAUGCUCCUCAAGCCAUAGGAACAAAAUCAUAUCAAACUUCACUUGACGAGCAAGGUCAGAACUCUCACCUUCUCCUCGGUUGCAACGACAAUUCUGCUACAUCGACUCUACUUUCCAAUUACCUCGACUUUCAUACCGCAAAACGGCAAAAGAAUAUGAAAAGCUCCUUCUUCCCAACCUUUCCUAAACAAGUAGACGACGUCAAAACAAAGGUGGCUUUGAGUACCUCGACGAAAAGUCAACUGGAUGAAACAUUAGUAUCGAAACCAGAGCCAGAGAAGGAGCCGGUAGUUCCCACUCCUUGUCCUCCAUUACAACUAACCUUUACGCACACGAAGAUAAUAAAGGCGCUGACACUUGGACGAGGCGUGUUCUCCCGCCUCGAGAAAUCUCACCCGAAUAUUGAAAUAAUCGAACGUGAUUUCGAGCGCUGGAAUUCUUCAGCAUGGAAUCGUAAUUCAGUAUCUCGGUCGCCGAUCACGUCACCACUGGCCGCCGAAGCGGACGUAAUCGUCUCCCCCGCCACCGGAAUCGUGAUGAUUACAUUGCUCAGAGCUAUACAGAAACCACCUCCGGGUCAGAAGGGCCUUUCAAAGGUCCGAGAACGUAUCCGUAAUGUCGCGCUUCGGUACGAACGUCUCAUUAUCCUUGUAUCGGAAGGAAAUCGCGUUGAUGAGACAGCUCGGAAUCUUACGCCUGCAGAGUGUGCUGGCUAUGCCGAUUUUGUCGGCUUCGCUACUGGACUGGACACGAAUGUGCAGGUCUACUAUGUGGGAGGCGGCGAUGAUACACUCGUAAAAUGGCUGGUCUUCUUUCUAGUCCGCCAUGCACCAGACGUAGAAGCCUUGAAAGAUAUAAUCAUCCAAGAGGAGUCGCUAUGGGAGGUGUUCUUACGGCGGGCCGGUAUGAAUGCGUAUGCUGCACAGGCUAUACUCGGACAGCUCAAGGCCCCUGAUGAUAUCCCUGAAGAGCAGGCGGGCAAAUAUGGGCUUCCAGCCUUCAUCAAUAUGGCGCCAAAGGAGAGGGUCGAAGCGUUUCGAAAUCUGAUGGGUGGGGAAAGGGUGUUGAAUAGAGUCAAUGAAACUCUGGAGACUCAAUGGGGCUGA